ACCGUUGCUUUGAUCUUUGAUUUUACGGAACCGUUGAGUUGAUUCUGAUUGUGGUCGAUUGGGUUGAGAUAUUUUUACGAUUAAGUUACGUGUUUAAUAUCGUUAAAUAGUAAAUUGUGUAAAAAUGAAGUCAGCUAAAUCGAAACAAAGACUGAACGACGGGCUGCGGACACCGGCUAGAAGUAAGCAAAACUUGUUUCAAGGUGAAAAAGACCCCGUCCAAGUCUACUGCCGUUUGCGACCCAUGCCAAGAGAAACCGAUGUUUCUUGUAUCAAAAUAUUAUCACCGACUACGAUCCUCUUGUCACCACCUGCGACAGCCGUGAGUUAUAGAAAUGAAGGCGCCAAAACAAUGAAAUACACUUUCAAAGAAGUGUUCCCGCCAGAGACGACCCAACAAGAAGUCUUCGACAAAGUCGCCCUUCCCUUGGUCGAAGGACUCGUCAAAGGUAAAAAUGGCCUUUUAUUUGCUUACGGAGUGACUGGCAGCGGAAAAACGUUCACAAUGACGGGUGAGCCUCACAACUGUGGUAUAUUGCCACGAUGUUUGAAUAUUUUAUUCAAAACCAUUAACGAACUUCAAGCGCACAAGUACGUGUUUAAACCAGACAAAAUGAACAUGUUCGAUGUUCAAAAUGAGGCCGAGGCUAUGCUGGAGAGACAGCAAGAACUGCACAAAUUCAAAAGUAACAGAAAAAACAAUUCCAAUCCUAAUCUGGCCAUGUCAGAGUCAGAGGUAACUAAAGUAGAAGGAGUUAUUGAAGAUAAUCAAUAUGCAGUGUUUGUCACUUACAUUGAAGUUUAUAACAACAGUGUUUUUGAUCUCCUGGAAGACACCCCACCUAUAUCUAAAAACUUACCUGUCAAACUUAUACGAGAAGAUGCAGCGAAUAAGAUGUAUGUGCAUGGAGUUACAGAAAUAGAGAUAAAAUCAGCUGAGGAAGCAUUUGAUGCAUUUUAUUUGGGUUUAAAAAGGAAAAGAAUGGCUCACACAACUCUUAAUGCAGAAUCCAGUAGAAGCCAUUCUGUUUUCACAAUCAGGCUGGUUCAGGCACCGGUGGAUGAGAUGGGAGAAGCUGUGAUACAGAACAAGGAAUUCCUCACUAUUAGCCAGCUCAGUCUUGUUGACUUAGCUGGAAGUGAACGAACAAAUAGAACUAAAAAUACUGGACAGAGAUUAAGAGAAGCCGGAAACAUUAACAAGUCAUUGAUGACACUAAGAUCUUGCCUGGAAGUUCUACGUGAUAACCAAAUCAAUGGUACUAAGAACAUGGUGCCAUAUAGAGAGUCUAAAAUCACUCAUUUGUUUAAAAAUUACUUUGAAGGCCACGGCCAGGUCCGUAUGGUUGUGUGUGCUAAUCCAAGGGCAGAAGACUACGAUGAGACAAUCCAAGUUAUGAGAUUUGCUGAGAUGGCAUCUGAAGUAGAGGUUACAAAGGCUCAAAUCAAUAACCCUGUUUCUUCAUUAGGCUUAAUGUCAGGUCGUCGUAAAGCUAAUAGACUGUUUACGGCUGCUAGAGACAAUAUAAAUCGCCCUGAAGCUAAAGAUCUAGAAAUGGACUUAGGCCUUGUGUAUAGCCUGGGGCCUGACUUCCCUAGCCUAGAGUUGAAAAGCCCACAGGCUUCUCACAUAAUCAAGGAAUUAAUAGCACAUUUGGAAAUGCGGAUAAGUCGUAGAGAAACACUGAAAAGAAGCAAAGCCUUAAAAGACGAAAAGCUCAGAUCUAUGUUACUGGAUAUGGAAAAGGAGUCUAUGGAUGUCAAAAGCGAGAAUGUCUCCUUACGAGGUCAAUUAGCCAGUGCUAACCGUCGCAUAAAAGCUUUAGAAGAACGCAUUACAACGACAGAAAAUGCCUCUCUUUCCUAUCAAAGAAAGUUAACCGAAAUGACCGAGUACACAUCCGCUCUCAAACGAGAUUUGCAAGAAAAGGAAUUGCUUCUCAGCCAGAACAAAUUAGACAAGGAGAAGCAAAAGAAGAUUCUAGAAAGGAAAUACCAUCACAAAAUUGCAGCAGAACAUGAGAAAGCGAAAGAAAUCAAUUCGGAAAACCAACAUCUACAAACUGAGAUUGAAGAGAAAGAAAAUCGUUUGAGAAUCAUUGCACAGGCUUUGAAUGGUGGUAAAGGUGAUAAUGAUAUAAAGAAGAGUGAGACAGCAGCUCAGACCGUACGUGAUUUUACACCCGGCUCCACCCCUAGAGCAUUGCCUGCGCAUCUUUUAACCCCUUUCAGUUCCGUACCACAGACAAGAGAAUCCCGUGGUACGCCAGCGACGUCGCGUCGUGGCGUAGCCGUAGCCAACCCUCGCCAUAAACGAUCUCUUUCAGCUGACGGCAAAGUAUGGGUGGAACAUGCCCCAAGCAAUAUCGUCCCAAUGGGCACUGUCAUGAAACCAAACAUAGCCAACAGCAAAUUCGUCAACAAGCUCACCAAUGUCAAGGACAUAGUCAACUCUAAAAAAUCGAAAUACUGUCUCGUUACCCAACAACAAGACACGGAUGGAGAGUUGGAAACUACAGUGCAUAAAGGGGAUAUAGUCCCAACCUGCGGUGGAGGUGCUCAGGUUAUAUUCAAUGAUGUGGAGAUGUUGAAGCAGUUCUCUCCGACAAGAGACCACAAUUCGUCCCGGAGAACAUCCAAUACUUGUGCGAGGCACUCUGGGAAACGACGCGACACCGGCUGCUCCCCACCACAAACUCCAUCAAAUACAAACGCCAAGACGCAAGAGGGAGGCUCUUCACACGAAAUGAGAAUUUCUAGUAACAUGCCAUACUUGUACUCUUUUGCGUAAGUUACUAUUAAAACUUAUUUAACUUCUACAGAACUUCUUAAGUAAUAAAUGAAUAGACCGAUUUUGAUGUAACCAUAUUUACUUUUACUAUACUUACAUAUUAAUUUUGCAAAUAUGAUUACAACUUUUCUGAAAUCUUAUUACAUGAUAUUUAUGUUAUCCUGACAAUCACUGUUCAGAUUGGCUCGAAUAGCCUGUUAGGUGUCUAAUUUUGUAAAGGAAAUUUUUUUGGGCUACUUACCUAUUAAAAUUCAACCAGUUAUAUAUUAUAUAUUGAACCCUGAAUAAGUUAAAAUAUUUUUCACGUGUUUUUGCAUUAUUUUAUGCAUAUAAGCGAAUGUAAUACAAGAUUAAUAUUUAGCUUUUUUUAUUCAUCCGCGUGUAUUUAGGUUUUUU